AUGAGCUCGGACGAAGGCGUGACGCUCUACAGCGCGUUGGACCGCAACAAGAAGCGACAGAUGAUGGUGUCGCUCUCAUCUUCAUCAGAUGAACUCAGCGAUGAUGGAAACAGCUUUGAAGAUUUUGCUAUACUGGAGACGCCCGUAAAGAGACGAAGAUAUUGUGCAUCGCUGGACAAAGAUGCGAAAAGUGGCGAAAGUCUGGUCAAAGAAGGAAACCUACUAGCACUGCCGCAUAGCAGUGACGAAGACAACGAUGUGGACUCACCCAGCGAGAAAGAAGCAGAUCAUCAGCGCAAAUUGCAGCUUGAGCGCGAGAUUCGGCAGGAACUGGAAAGCGAUAAGGUGCUGAAUCAGACCCGAGCCAUCUUGAACAAGGUUUUGGUCACCAAACGACAGACAACAGCCGACAAUUCGGAAGUGAUCUCGCUCGAUUCUGACUCGUCUGACGAUAGCGAUGCCGCGUGUCUUAUUGAGACCGUUGCGCGUCCGUCAUCGAAUCUUGCAGUCGCAAAAGAAGCCCAAAUCGUGCUGCGUGUUCGUUCUAAUGGUGGUGCGGUUGAUGAGGUUGCUAUCUAUAAGAAGGGUACUUUUGAGCAGCUGUAUACGAGCUUUUGUGAGCUACAUGGAUUGCCGCGAACGGCUGUCACAAUGUCUCUGGAUGGGAAGGUGUUGGCACCUAAGGACUGUGUUGGUGACAAUAUCUCUGACUACUUGAUUGAAGCUAAAGUGGACUUUUCGAAGCAAAUUGAGUCAAAGAAGAAGCGGUAUUUGCGCCUGCGGUUGGUGGUGUUCGGUAGACGAUCCGAGAUAUAUAAAAUCGAUUCGACAGCAACAAUCCAGAAACUGCACACGAGUUAUUGCAAGCGACAUGGCAUCGCCAACCCAGAUGAUGUCGUCAUGAGUAUGCAAAAUCAGGAACUUCGGCUGAAUGAACGCCUUGAUUUCUAUGGGCUUAUCGAUCACGACGAAAUCUCAGUCAAGGUUAGCGACAACCUUGUAUCACGCCAGACAAUAGCGGUACAGCUACGAUUUUCGGAAGACGACUCCGAAAUACACCAAGUUAUUCCGGAUGCUGAGGUUGCAGUGCUACUAGCUAAGGUUGCGAAAGAGAAAGGAAGCAAGGCCUCAAAGAUAUCGCUCAUGAUUGACGGAGAAAAAAUGGCAUCAUCGCGAACCUUUACGAGCUACGAUUUGGAAGGCGGCGAAUUGAUUGAGGUCAACAUCGCGUCUUGA